CGCCGCUGCCGCUCAGUUUACAGCCACGCGUCACUUACGUUCGUCGCCGCUCCCGCUAGCGCGUCCGCUCCGCUAUGAAGGUGAAAGGCAAGGGUGCGAAAUCCAAAAACAUGGACAAGUUAAUCGCCGCCGUUCAGGCGAGAGAGUGCUUGUGGGAUAAAAGUUAUAGAGGACACAGGAAUCGCUUCAAACUGGAGAGGUAUUGGAAUGAAGUCGCAGCCGAAGUCGGCACUACGAGCCUGAACUGCAGGAAAAAGUGGAAGAACCUCAAGGACCAAUGCCGGAAAGAAAUGAAGAAGAACCCGAACGAUUCGGAAUGGCCGCACUUCCCGAAGCUGAAGUUCAUUCAUCAUCAAUUCAUUACCGAAGACGAGGAAGGUGACGAAGACACCGCUGAAGAAGUAUUCAAUUCUCUCGAUGAAUCGAUCAAAAGACCAAAACUAGGUUAUACGAUGCGCAAGAAGUUAUUAAUGAAUAAGAGACGGACGAUAGAUGUUGACAUGAAUAAGCUUAUAGAGCUGGUAAGAGUCAGGGAGAUCAUAUGGAAUCGGCAAUUGAAAGGACACCACAAUUGGUACAAGUUGGACGAAGCGUGGAAAGAGAUCGCUUUGGACUUAGGUGUAACACGCGACGAAGCACGUCUAAAAUGGAAGUACCUAAGAGACCAAGCGAGAAAAGAAGUGCGCAAACAGACUUCUGAAUGGGAAUUACUGCCAAAACUGCAGUUCCUAGCAAAUCAAUUCUUCGACAAUGACGGCAAUGACAUCCCCGAAGAUUCGUACAGCCAAGAUUUCGACGUAACAGACCAGAGCAGUAACUACUAUACAAACGUGGAGCCUACUGAAGCAACCCCUGAAGAAAUAAACGACGAACCGGCGGCCAGGGAUGAUGAAUUCGACGAAUUCGAUACCAAACCGAUUGUCAUGGAAACAGACUUUUAUGACGAUGAUGAUGAUGUUCAAAAAUGUAAUGAAGAGCCAGAAGUAGCUAAGGAUGAAGAUAUAGGCUUCUUUAAUAGCUUGCUGCCGCAUGUGAAGAAGUUGGGACCGGCGAAGAAAUUGAUGUUGCGGAUGAAGAUACAAGAACUAGUCUAUAAUACAGUGUAUAAUACCUAGUUCUGUUUGUAAGAUAUGAUUGGUUACUCUUAUUAUGACG